AUGGCCGACAAGCUCCGUACCCUUCAGCAACUCGAGUCGCUCCAAGCGAAAUAUGUCGGCACGGGUCACGCUGACACCACGCCGUACGAGUGGAAGAACAAUAUUGUGCGUGACUCGUAUGCCUCUUACGUCGGACAUCCUCCUCUUCUGGCAUACAUGGCACUGGGUCUGGGGGAAAACAAAGAGAUUGUCCGGGGUCAGUUCAUUGAGAAGAUGAUCAGGGCCAGCGGUCCGCCACCUCCACGAGAAGAAGAUUGA